CCCGCGUUUCUCCUCCAACACGCACAACACAGGCUCCCCAUUCUUUCUUAUUAAUUCACGCCGGGCGCGUGCGCGUGCGCGUGGGCGGACGUACGGCAGCGAGCCUCUCCCGGACUCCGAUUCCUUCCUUCCUUCCGGCGGAGCUGAUCGCCUCUCCUUCUCCUCUCCCAGAGAGGAAACCCGGAGGAAGCAGAGACGGCCGGACAGAUGGAUUUGGGAGCAGAGCAGCACGGCUGCGAGCAUUACACGAGGAGGUGCAGGAUACGGGCGCCCUGCUGCGGCGAGGUCUUCGGCUGCCGGCAUUGCCAUAACCAAGCUAAGAAUUCGCUGGAGGUGGACCUCCUCGACCGGCACGAAAUCCCCCGCCACGAAAUCAGCAAGGUUAUCUGCUCUCUCUGCAACAAAGAACAGGAUGUGCAACAGAACUGCUCCGGUUGCGGGGCAUGCAUGGGAAAAUACUUCUGUGAAAAAUGCAACUUCUUUGACGAUGAUAUCUCAAAGAAGCAGUACCACUGCGAUGGAUGCGGCAUCUGCAGAACUGGCGGCAUAGACAACUUCUUCCACUGCGAAAAAUGCGGGUGUUGCUACAGCAAUGUUUUGAAGGACUCUCAUCAUUGUGUGGAACGAGCAAUGCAUCACAACUGCCCUGUCUGCUUCGAGUACCUAUUUGACUCGACUAUGGACAUCAGCGUACUGCACUGCGGGCACACGAUCCAUUUGGAAUGCCUGAACGAGAUGAGGGUUCAUCAUCACUUCUCGUGCCCGGUCUGCUCACGGUCGGCCUGCGACAUGACCGAUGCAUGGCAGAAGCUCGACCAGGAGGUCGCCGCCACGCCGAUGCCAGAGUUCUACCAGAAGAAGAUGGUAUGGAUCCUCUGCAACGACUGCGGGGCGAAGUCGAGCGUGCGCUUCCACGUCCUGGCGCAAAAGUGUCCUGGGUGCAGCUCCUACAACACCAGGGAGACGAGGGGCGGCCCGGCUAUAGCGGCGUGCUCCAGAGUCUGAGCGCCAGGAGGAGACGACAGUACAACAUACACUACUCACUCAUAGUCACAGCUGUGACGCUAUCCAGGAUCUGGUCAAGAUGAUGGGGGCAUUAGAGCUAGCUUGUAGGUUGAAGCUGCAGGUGCUUGCUGCAGUAGGAAGCACAGGAGAGUGACGCGUCUCCUCUGUGAACAAGCCAGGAAUUGCUCUAUCGCCGACAGGGAGGCUGCCGCGGCUGCUCAUUGCAGUUCGGAGGACAACAAAACUCGCUGCGCUUGCAUAAAUCCGGAGAAAUGAUUUACCGCUUGAUCAUCCCCUCUGAUAUGUAUGAGUUGUUGUGUGGUACAUGACCCUGUCUAGGGAGGUCCUGUAAGGCUAUGAAACAACUACACACCAGAAAGAAAACUUAUUCUUCUUUCUGUUAGAACUCCA